GUGCCCCUUGGGAUAGCGGAAAACUUUUGGGCCUUUGGGCAUUGGGCGGGAACUUGUCGGUUGUGUUGCCGGUAAACAAGUUGUGUGUGAAUAUGGAGUCCCACCAGGAUGGUUCCAAAGGUCUAGAAGAGGGAGUUUUGCUGGCCAAUGAUAGCUUCAGCAGUCCUAAAGAAUCGCAUGACGCCGAUGGAGGUCCCCCAAAGGACUCUGGGGACGAGGCGGAGCGCGAGACCUGGGGCGCCAAGCUGGACUACACCCUGUCCAUGAUUGGGUACUGUGUGGGGCUGGGCAACGUCUGGAGGUUCCCGUACCUCUGCUAUGCCAACGGCGGAGGUGUGUUCCUGAUCCCGUAUCUCCUGAUGCUGACGCUGGCGGGAAUCCCCCUGUUCUACAUGGAGUCAGCGCUGGGCCAGUACGCCAGCCUGGGCUCCAUCAGUGUGUGGAAGGCGCUGCCUAUUCUUAAGGGAGUGGGUUACGCCAUGGUCACAAUCUCCACGCUGGUGGCCAUUUACUACAACAUGAUCAUCGCCUGGUCCCUGUACUACCUGUUCGCCUCCCUCACCAGCGUACUGCCGUGGCAUCACUGCGGGCACUGGUGGAACACUCCGGCGUGCAUGGAGAGCGCUGAGGUGGCCAACCGCACCAACAUCACCGCCAACUUCAGCAGGGCCAGCCCGAGCGAGGAGUACUUUCAUAACCGUGUUCUGAAGUACUCAGACAGUUUAGACGACACCGGAACCAUCAGCUGGGAGCUCACCCUGUGUCUGCUCCUCUCCUGGAUCAUCGUGUUCUUCUGUCUGAUCAAGGGAGUCAAGUCCGCUGGAAAGGUUGUGUAUUUCACGGCCACGUUCCCAUACAUCGUGCUGACCAUCCUCCUCAUCCGGGGACUCCUCCUGCCCGGCGCUGUGGAUGGCAUCGUGUACUACAUCAAACCCGACUUCAGGAAACUGCUGACGGCGCAGAUCUGGUACGAUGGAGCCUCUCAAGUCUUCUACUCCCUAGGCGUGGCAUGGGGAGGGAUUCUCACCAUGGCGAGUUACAACAAGUUCCACAACAACUGUCACAGGGACGCCAUCAUUGUUCCUCUAGCUAACAGCGGCACGAGUAUCUUUGCUGGGUUCGUUAUUUUCUCCUAUAUCGGAUACAUGUCGCACGAGCUCAAGAUGGACGUCGGGGAGGUCGUCGCCAAAGGACCCGGUCUGGCAUUCAUUGCGUACCCCGAGGCCCUGACCCUGAUGCCGAUCUCCCCGCUAUGGGCAGUCCUGUUCUUCCUCAUGCUCGUCACAUUGGGGCUGGAUAGUGAGAUCUGA